CUACUGCCCUCUCUAGUUUUGCUUGCUACAUACAUUCGACGUGCAUUGUGGUGCUUGUUUUAUAGGCUAUCAACAACUCAGUAUUUUUGCAGUUAUUAACAGUUUCUCAGUGCUUAUUUUCAAUUAUUUAAAAUGAUUGAAGUAAUUAAACAUAAUGACUUGUCAGACGCUGAAGCUGCUGUUUACGACAGACAGAUAAGAUUGUGGGGCCUAGAUUCUCAGAAACGUUUGAGGCAUGCCAGUGUGUUAUUGGUAACAAUGAAUGGAUUUUCUGGAGAAAUAGCUAAGAACAUAAUUCUAGCUGGUGUAAAAUCAGUUACAUUUUUAGAUCAUCGAAAUUCCGUUCAAGAAGAUAUACAUACUCAAUUUUUGAUUGAUUCUGAUCAAAUUGGUAAAAAUAAAGCAGUUGCAUGGUUGAAAAAAGCUAACAAGUUAAAUCCUUUAGUCAACAUCAAAGCGGAUACUGAUAACGUUGAUGACAAAGAAGAUUCAUUUUUUGGUGAAUUUGAUAUUGUGUGUGUAACAGGAUGCACAAUUACUCAAAUGAAGCGAAUUAAUAGAAUAUGUCGUGAUUACGAUGUAAAAUUUUUUGCUGGCGAUGUUUGGGGAUCUUUUGGAUAUACUUUUGCUGAUUUAAACACCCAUGAGUUUUUAGAAGAGGUAAUUCAAACAAAAAAAUCCAAACAAGGAGAGGGAGAUGAACCAGAAACAAAGAAACAAAAAUUUGAUAAAGUAGUCAUUUCGUUAAAAAUGACUGAUACUUUUGUACCCUUUGAAAAAGCUAUAAGUAAUCAAAUUUUAUCUUCUGAUUCUGCAGAAUUUUAUAUAAUGCUGGCUAUGUUAAACUUUAGAGAAAAACAUAAGAGAGAUCCAGAAUCAGGUGAUAAGCCAAAAAUGUUAUUGAAAAAAGAAAUGGACGCUGUUGUUAAAAAUCAUGAGUUGAAUUUCACACUCGAUGAUUUAGUAACUGAAGAUUUAUAUGGUCAAGUUAGUCCUUCUUGUGCCAUUGUGGGAGGAAUUAUGGCUCAAGAAAUAAUCAAGACAAUUGCUCAGAAUGGACGACCACACAAUAAUCUUUUUGUAUUCAAUCCAGUAACAAUGAUUGGCCAAGUUUUGAAAUUGCAAUAAAUUUCGAGCAUAACUAUAAGU